GCGACAACGCAGCCUGCGCUUAAGUUAAGUUAAGUUAAAAGAUAUAGUACUAUGCUGCUGCUUCUCUGGUGGAUUGCAAGCUAUAUAAUACUCGUGCUCGGGAGUACGGGCCCGCCCCUCUAUGCCCUGGAUCAGCCGAACGUUGGCAGGUGUCUGGACUACUGCCACCUGAAGAACCUGCGGUUCCUCCUCUGCGUGGACACAGACGGACAGCUCUCUCACAAUCCCUACAAGGACUGCAACCGAGGAUUCUGCAAGGCCGAGGACUUCGAACUGGAAUACAUAACGAGCGACGGCUUGGAAGAACGAACCAAUCGAGUGGAGAAAACAAGAGUCGGGCAAAAAGCACAUCUGCGGGAUCUGUGUCUCAAUGAAAGAGGAAUUCCCAUCACACGAAGGUGCCAGAUUCGAAAUGGAAAUAGAGUUUGGCAAGAUAUGGAUCAUAUAACCUGCAGAUCAGCCCCCGAGCUCAGCUCAAGUAUAAACCUUCUGGCUGUAAAGAAUCCGCCGGACAUGAUUAGCCAGCUAAGUGGCCUCUUGACUCAGUCACAGGAAAAACUCGCAGCCGCCGAUGUCUUCAGUAUCUCUGAGAUAUUCGAUUCCCUCGUCAAGAAACCAGAAAGAAAGGCUGAAGUCAUCGGGGACCUGAUGAAGAUUUGCCAGAAGGUAAUGUCCACGGACAACGAAACCCUCCGUAUUUCAGCCGAUGUUAAUGCCACAAAUGCCCUGCUAAGCAACUUCGAGGACUAUUUAGAUUCACUGAGCUCAAAGAUAUUUCAAAAUAACAUCAGCGCCUUUAGCAACAGUGCGGAGUUCAACUUCCAGUCGGUUCUUGACAUGGGAGUUGUGGUUCUGAAGACGAGCGAGCUGAGUGUGUUUUUCGUGGAUCCGUCGGUGAUGAAUGUUACUGGAAUGGCUAUCUUCUCAAAUACAUCGGAAUUCAAAAUGCUGCAUUCGUCCGAUAAUGUGGAUGAUGUGCGGGCGAUGGAAAAUCUGGAGACUGCGGUCUUUCUGCCUGAGACACUUUGGAGGAAACUGAAGCAAAAGGGAGCCUCUUAUUUGGUCUUCAAGGUCUAUACUCGAGAUGCACUUUUUGUGGAGACGAAAGAAGAACUCCUCAGACGACCGACUAGUAAUGUUAUCUCUAUAACCUUACCAGGAGUGGAAGACACCAGACUACCUGAAAAGUUGCCGUUCUUCCUUCGCAAUGGAAAUACGAAUCAAACUCAAUCUGAAGGUGGGUGCGGCUACUGGAACUACGAGACCUGGCUAAGUGAUGGAAUUUCCACCUGUGGCAGUGGCUGCAUGGACAACUCAUCGCAUCCGGUGAUCCUUUGCCACGCGGAUCACCUCACCCAGUUCACCUUCCUACUGGGAGUGAGCAAAAUGCAGAUUGGCUUGGACACCUAUGAAGAUGAUCAUACCUUGGAUAUAAUCACUAACGUUGGCUUGAUCCUCUCGCUGAUGGGACUCUUUAUCAUCUUCCUGACUGCAGUGAUCUUCAAAAGCUUCAGGACCCUAGCCUCGACGAAGAUACUACUAAAUCUCUGCACUGCCCUGGGCCUGCAGUUGCUCUUCUUCCUGGUGGUGAGCCAAAGCCAGUUACUGGAGCAGCUGGGUCAAACCGAUUUGGAGCGGUGCACCCUUAUCGGAGCCGUUAUGCAGUACCUACUGCUGGUAGUCUUCAGCUGGAUGUUCAUCAUUGGCUUCCUGCAGUAUCAAAGAUAUGUCAGGGUCAUUGGAGUCAAUCACCCAAGACACUAUAUUCUGGCAUCCGCUAUUGUGGCCUGGACAUUGCCUCUAAUACCCACCCUGAUGGUGGUCUUCCUGGAUCCCGACUCCUACAAACCCAGUAAUGCCACGCAGAAUGCAGCUGUUCUGUGCUAUCCUUCGGGAUAUGGUUUGAGUCUGGGAGUCAUCCUGCCGAUUGGUCUGAUCACAGUGGCCAAUGCCAUAUUGGUGGGCUACAUCACCUGGAGUGUCUAUAAGGCCCUCUUCACGCGUGAUCUCAUCAUUAAGCAACUGGGCCUCUUCGUGCUGCUCUUCUUUCUCCUGGGAAUCACCUGGAUCUUUGGUCUCUGUACUUAUUUCGAUUUCGGCAGGAUCUUCGCCUACCUCUUCUGCCUCACGGCCACUCUCCAAGGGUUUGUCCUCUUCAUCUACUUCAUAGUUUUCAACAAGGAUAAUCAGCGUGCCUGGCGAAGUCUCUGCUGCAGUUUGGGCAGAAAGAAAGAUCAGGAAACCAUAGAAAUGCCCACGGACUCCAGCUUGAAACGCCUGAGUCAGUCAUCUACUCAAAGUACCAGUAAUUAGCUAGGUUAACUAAUGUAGUUUUAGCAAGUAAAUUGAAGAAAUUAACUAAGUUAAAUCAUUAAUAAAUAAAAAGUAUCUAGAUGAUA